AUGAGUGAUUUCAAUGGCUCAUGGGAAUUUUGUUGCAAGUUGUUUAUAGAAGGAAAUGCAGGUAAGUUAGUCAAAUAUAUCAGAACAAAAACUUUCGUCACAUUUUUAGGAAGAAGUACUUCUUAAUCCGCCCGGUUUCCAUAGCGAUUAUAUUGAAACCACUCUUCAGCGAUCGCAGCGACAACGAUCGCUGAGAUAGAUCGUUUUCUAUCUCAUAUGAUGUCUUUUAAAAAAGCUAUAAAUUUUCAAAACCCACCCGGUCUCUUAUUCUAAAUAUCUCCAGUAAAAUAACUCAGGUAACUUAGUCUCGGGGAUUAUUCAAAAAUAUUGGCUCCGCCUUAAGUGAAUAAUCGUCAAAGCCGAUUCAUAACAACGUGUAUUGUUUUUCUAUAACAAUAUUUCGGCUGGCCAUACCAGACUUCUUCAGGUUUACAGAAGGCUGGUAUGGCCAGCCGAAAUAUUGUUAUGAAAAAAACAAUACACGUUGUUAUGAAUCAGUUUUGCAGUAGACAUUGGACUUGUCGUCUUUGGUUCUUUAUAUUUUGGCUGAUUAGAUCUCUUUUCUAGAGAUCCAACGUUUGCAAGUAGCAGGAUCUUCGUCCUCGGUUUUUGCAGUUAAUCUAAUCCUUUAUGUAUAUAAAACAUAGCCUGCGUAGCAGGCGUUUGAAAGGGGGUGGGGGAUAGCAAGGAAGGAAAAUGCGAGUGGCCACGCAGGCUAUAUAAAACACACCAUAAUGCCAGUUUUGUUUUGUGAAGUUGCCUAUAGCGCCUGGAAUGAUCAUGUUCUUGGCUGGUGGAAACAUAAGGAUGAUCCUAAUGUCUUGUUUCUCAAAUAUGAAGAUUUACACAAAGUAAUGUUCUCUUACAAUAAUAACCCGAUAACUCUUAGCUCGGUGGCUAGUUUGAUAUCUUAUACGCCUGCCGGAGAUUGAAUCCUGAGUAUGUAAGGGGGUGGAGGGAAGUCAAGACAAGACAAUAUUUAAUAUUUAUAUUUCUUUCUUUCUCAGGAUCAACUCGGGAAGAAUCUCUUUGAGGAUUUUGAAACGCUCGAAUAGUCAACGGAUAAUAUAAUGAAUCGAAGUAAAAUUCUCGACUAAACACUUUCUGCGAGAAAAGUAGUGUUUGCUUCUCUCAAAUUCAUUCUUUUAGAAUCUUAGGGAGAUAGUUGAUUCUAAAAGUUUUUAAUCUUUAAGUUAUCUAAGUCAUCCAUAAUGAACACCCCAGCCGAAAAUAUGGAUACCGCGACCUUAAACUACCACCCCGCUCAAAAUAAAUAAAUAUAUAUAAGUCCAUGGAGGAGUUUGUAGGGGUUUACAUCCCUGUCCGGGACUCAGAUCGUUUUUCUUUGUCUCCUACGUAACAUCACAAAUUUUGAAAGCAGUCAAGUGCUGUUUGAUUAGAAAUAAAAUUAAUUAAAUAACUUAAAAAAAGAGCUAACCAACUUCCUCUGAACCUCAAUGAAAAUUAAAUCUAAACAAUACAACUGUCAUUCCUCCUAGGAUCUACCGUUCCAAGUGCGAAUGAUUGUGAAUUUCCUGAACAAGCCGCUCUCAGAUGAACUCAUCAAUCGUAUUGCAGAGCAGUGCACUUUCAAGGGAAUGGAAGAAAAUGAGAACAGCUACAAGACAAGGGACGACGUUCAGAGUUCGCCGUUGUUACGGAAGGGCGUGGUCGGAGGUUGGAAGAGUUACUUCACUCCAGAACUGAAUGAGAGAUUUGAAAAGGAAGUGUUGGGAAAAAUAAAAGGAACUGGAUUAGAGUUUGAUUAUGAGAUAUAGUGGACAACCAUUUGAUAAAAGAAACAAUAUAUUUGCUUGGAUAGAACUCUUAUAUUCAUUUAUAGACUCGAAUGUUUGAAAUCAUUUGUUUAAAAUUAAGCAAUUUCCAUGUACAUGCGACAAGUCAUGGAUUGAAGACAAUCUCGUUAAAAGAUUGCGCUGUUUUGAGUGGACGAAGAUCCUGCUAGUUGUAAACGUUGGAUCUCUAGGAAGAGAUCUAAUCAGCCUGUCGGGAAUCGCCCCCGUAUUCAUAGAAAUCCACGACAAUUCACUUGAUGUAGCUUCAGUUGAUUCACAGUAACGAAUCCCAAAGUCAUAGUUUUCGCAACUCACUCAGUCACAUAUAUUUUCGGCACAACAAGUUGGUUUUUGACAGAGUGAUCUUCUCCCUUCGACUAUACACAAUACACAUGAAACCUAACCUAAAUUAUUAUAAAGUGAUUGACAUUUAAUUUAGUAUUAUUUCCACGAUAUAAAUUAAGAAACCCAAAUACCUUAUCAGUUAUCACGGUUCACUUCGUGACUGUUCCUUGAACUUACCGGAGAUCAUGAGCUAAAUAUUUAGCAAUCAACGUUGCCAUGAACUUGAAAUAUAAUAAAGCAAAAAGGGUAAAAAUAUACUACGAAAUAUGUACGCACACUAUUGGCGCACAAUUCCCAACAAGCGAAAAUAUCAGUAGUUAAUUAUAAAAGUAGUAAUAGUAGUAAUAGUAGCCUUUGGACUUCUCUUUUUUGUUUCUGAAAUAUGAAGAUUUACACAAGGUUUGUUGCAGUUUAUUUUUACAUUAAUAAUAGCACUUUCAGCUCAGUAUUUGAUAUUUGUUAUUCGCCUGGAGUUGGAAUCCUGCAUGAGUAUGUUGAGGGAGGGGCGGAACAAUCCGGUAAGUUUUACGGACUGAUUGGUGUUGAUCGCGCUGCCUAAUCAGCCAGCUGCAGGUGGUAGCGCCUAUAAUAGCCUAUACAGGGAGGCUUUGACCGAAAGGGGUACCUUCUUGAGGCUUUCGUUAUAUAAAAGGGAAGGAUUACACUUGUUAGAGUAUAGGGAAUUCUGUUGUUUUUGUCUGUAAAAGGACCAACAGAUGCAUUAUAUGGCUGUGAAAGAAAGCGUUCUGGUUUGAGGCUUAUUCAUAUCUUAGAGGGUUCAUUUACAGCAUUUAAAUACAAGGAAUGCAAAGUUCUUAACCAGGUAUGAUAAAGGGGUACCAUAUGUCAAUAGUAGGCAUACGAAAGGAGUCCUUUUUUUUUUUUUUACCAAAAAUGGUGUAUAAAAAAGUAAGGGGUUGGUGACCUCGGAGCGCAACCUCAAUGUACAAAACUUUGUUGAGUACCCCCCUCUUCUCCCACCGGGGCUGAGAGAUGGUGGGUUGAAGGAAAAUCUAAAUCGAUGCCGAUUUCCUUUCUUCUAGGAUCUACCAUUCCAUGUUCGAAUGAUUGCUGAGUUUCUAAACAAGCCCUCAUCGGAUGAACUUAUCAGUCGUAUUGCAGAGCAGUGUACUUUCAAGGCAAUGAUGAGAAAUCUGAAUAGGUUCACGGUUUCUAAUGAACAAGAGCGUUUACCAUUCCUUCGUAAGGGUGUGGUUGGAGAUUGGAAGAAUUACUUUACCCCAGAGCUGAAUGAAAGAUUUGAAAAGGAAGUUAUGGCAAAGCUGAAUGGAAUUGGAUUAGAAAUUGAAAUAUAGAGGACGAUUCAAUUAUUUACUUAUUCUUAGUAAUUAUCACCAGCAAGCAGUUUGCGUGUAAGACAAUGGAUAAGAGGAACAAUUUUCAACCGCGUUCAUCACGAGGUAAUCGAUCGCCCCCUACGUCCCCUCCCGAAUGGUGGUGGGGAAGGGGGGAGGGGGGAGAUGGGAAAUUCUUCAAAACUUGGCACUUUAAUAUUUAGGCGUAUCUCAGGCCGGAGACUGUAAAACAUGUUUUUCUUUUCUCUCUCUUUUCUUUUUCUAAACAGGGAAAUAAAACAGAAGUUUUUGUACUUUACAGGGGUGCAACGUUUUUUCUUGUUUGUCGUUUUAAACGGGGUCAAGCUUUACACUGUGAAACCUUUUGGAGAAUUGAUCCUCGAUGCCGUAACAAAGGGGUUAGAGCAAAGGGGCUGAAAGUAAGCACUCUAUUCGAGUCUUAUUCAGAUCUUACAAGUGACCAAAGUGCACAGGCUUUCCACGUCAAAUGUUGUUUGCAGAAGGCUUAUCAGAGUUUGUUUCAAAGAGUUUUUAACCGGUCAUCGAUACUAGAGAAACUGCUUUUAGGCGCAAGUUUACAAGUGAAAUUCCAUGAUUUGACAAUCCUAUUAAAGUAAGAAGCAUGAAAUGUGGAAGUAUUGCCAAAAGGAAUUUUUAAGUUGAAGGGAUGAAGUUAAAACUAUUGAUACCAAAACAUCCAAACAUAAUACACAUCCCCCCGUCAAAGUUUGCAUAUAGCAAUUGGCAAAGCCUGCGGGAAGAAGACGUAUUUCCGGUCGUCGCUUCUCUCUCUGCGAAAUAGGACUCAAAUAGGAGGGAGAGAAGCGACGACGGGAAUUACGUCUGCUCAGGGGCACCCAACGAGAUUAUAUUUCAAAACCACUUAAACUAGCAUUGUUAAACGUAUUUUAGUAUUUAAAAGGUAGAUAUAGGCGUACGUUUAUUAGCCUGUGCGCAAGCUCUCCUAUUUGAGACUCGUUUCACUCGCCCAAAUAGGAGAGCUUGCUCGCAGGCUAUAUGUUUAUCCCCUAAAAAUUUUUCAUCUGUUCGGAUUUCCUAGCUGAAAGUCUAGUGAUCCGAAAAUUAUAGGGAUCAAAACUUACCUUUUCGAAAAUUUCAGACAGAAAAAAGGCUCCCGAAAAUUCUAGGUGACCUUUUUAGGGUAAAAAUCCGUUAAAAAUGGGCAAUUAUACCAUUUUUUAAAUGUUGAAAAUCCUAGGAGAGGCAGGCAAGCAAGAAAUUUUACAGCAAAUGUUCCGAAAAUUCUAGAUCUCAAAUCGUCUUCCGAACAGAUAUUUCCCGAAAAUUGACGUUGGGUGCCCCUGUCUGCUUCCCGCAGGCUACGAUUAGCAUGAAUUGGAGACCGAAUUGAAGACAAUACUUCUGUCUUAUGCAUUUUUGGGGGGGAGGGGAGGGAGGGGGAUGUUUUCAAUUACCGUGACUUGGCUGAAUGACGAUGUUUGACGUUAGCAAUUUAUGAACCAAUAGAUUAGGUACGGAACGUCACGCUUCAUCGCAAGGACGGGCUUGACCCCGGAAAACAUUGAACUGCUCGAUUCAGGAACCGCUCACGAAACAAUUUAUCAUGGCCUGUUUUCCUGUAAUUCAAAUGACAGAAGGCGAAUGGAGAUCAGCAAAAUACUGGGACGUUUUGGGCCUGAAAAUUCCAAUAUUUUUUACUGACGAUCCAGCUUUGCUAGCCGACUAUAUUUCCAAUUUCGAGACGCGACCAGAUGACGUGUUUGUGGUUACAUAUCCUAAGUCAGGUUCGUGCUGUUUAUCAUUAUUUCAACCAAAGCAAAUUAGGCACCUUACCCAGUAUAUAGCCAGUGUAACAAGCGUCUCGGCUCGAAAUUGUUGCGAAAGCUAGAACUAGCUAAAAAAAAAAGAAGAAAGAACAAGAAGGGGGCAUAAAAGUAAAUUAAUUCGGUUGUCCCUAGCGAGGGUCAAACGUCAACAUCACAACAGCACAAUUGACGAACCUAAUGAAGCCCUUUCAGGGGGGUCAUGUCACGGUGUUUUACCUAUUCUCUGUCGCUGUCGCAGUUUUAACACAUCUUUGUGUCAUUUGUCAUUAUUUCUCCUGUCCUAUGUCGCUGCUUCACGGCCUUCGCGCUUGUCGGAAUUUACCGUACCAGGGCCUCCCUGAUAAUGAUAAAUGAGCGAGAAUACAGUCAAAGCUCUCAUAAGGGAGCGACCCUCACAAUCCUGACCUCGGGAAUCCAAAAAAGCGGUCGCAACGGCUAGAGCUGCCGACUUUACAAGAAUGGUCUCUCGACCUUACGGUGAUAAACUUAUUGAAGGCUGGACAGGCUAUGUUGAUACUCAAGAAGUUAAGGCCUCGCGCGGGAACUAAGGGGUUUCAAUAUAAAAAAUAUCAGCAAGUCCACAGCAACAAACCAAUGAAUGGUGCCGGAUCUCCCAGUUGUAGACCUGGAUCAGUACAAAUAAAACUUGUAGAAAAACAUGAAGCGACAAAAAGAACAAGAGAAUAAAACAAAAAAUAUAUGUUUACACAAAUUGCCCAAUAUUUCGGUCUGAAAACAAACCUUCUUUUAGCCCCUGAAGAAGGUUUGUUUUCAAACCGAAAUAUUGGGCAAUUUUGUCAAAUGGAAAGGGACACUUCUGUCCGUCCGACCUUCAAAGGCCUUCCCAAAUAAUCCCAUCGGGCUAAACCAGAAAUGGUCCGUUCCAUUUGAUGUUCUAACCGAAAUUUCCGGGAAAUUUGGGCUGAAUGGAAAGCGUCCCUGACGGACGAACUGAAUCGGAUACCAAUCGUUAGCUGGAUUCUGGAUUCCUAGGGCUUAAUUUCCAAAGCCCAGGAUUCCGGAUUCCAUACGAAAAACUUAGCGGACUCCGGAGUCCUUUAUACAGUGAAACCUCUAUUAAGCGGGCACCUUCGGGACCUUCCCAAGUGUCCUUUUAAUAGAGGUGUCCGUUUAAUAGAAGUUUGUAAAAAUUGCGCAAUGUUUGUUACCGAUUACUGCGCUUUUCACAAACAUGCGAAUUGUGAAGUUCAAAAGCCAACUGACGAUUGCGUUUUUCGCUGCCGUCAGUCAUCUUAACGGACCUCUUGGGAAAUAAUACUUUACUUUAACGGGUUUAAAAGGUCAUGGUUUGUGAUUUGUGAUUGGUAGAUUUCGAUCCGUUUUGUGUGUUUCUCUGUUUCAAGGUUCGUUGCUUGAGAUCGUAAAUAUGAUUGACGGCAGCGAAAAACGCAAUUGUGAAGGCGGCCUUUGAACUUUAGAGUUCGCAUGUUCGUGAAAAGCGCAGUAACAUCCAACGGUUACUCAGUGUACUGUGAUAUAGUUCCAUGUUGUGAAGGAAGCUAAGGAAGCUGUGCCGUACUUCGUGCAAGACGUUUAGCUGAACUUUGAUUGCGGAUAACAAUCAUACGGCCGGAUAUCGGUCUAAUCUACAGUUUAUUGACAACUAAAUGUAUUUAUUUAUCUUUAUUAAUUAUUUUAGUGUCCGCUUCACAGAGGGUUUUCGCUUAUUCGGGGUCCGCUUAAUAGAGGUUUCACUGUAUCCUACAUUGGGUGAGAUUUAGGCGGGAUCUUAAGACAACUCUCUUGAUCAUUAAUUUUUUUGUCUGUACACUUUUGUUACUUGAUCGUUUUUCGUAGGUACAACUUGGGUGCAGGAAAUUGUCUGGCAAAUCUACAACGAGGGAGCAAUCAGCAGUGAAAAGCACAUUUUUCGAUUCCCAUUCCUUGAAGCUUUAGCCUGCAAUGCUAACAAGCAGAUGCUUAUUGAUUUCAAAACUCUACCAAGUCCUCGCCUGAUAAAGUCCCACCUAACCUACAGCACUACUCCAAGAAGUACAAAUAAAGAUGAUCAGUGUAAAUAUAUUUACGUUGCUCGCAACCCUAAAGACGUAGCAGUCUCAUAUUUUCAUCACAUAGAACACUUUAAAAAGAUUGGAAUGAGUGAUUUCAGUGGGCCAUGGGAAUUUUUUUGCAAGUUGCUUAUAGAAGGAAUUGGUAAGUCAGUCAAAUAAUUAUAUCAGAACAAGAAAUUUUGUCACAUUUUAAUAAGGAGUACUUAUUAUUUGAUACAAGGAAAUAAAGAGUGCACAGAAAGAUCAUUUUUUCCAAACCAAAUUAGGAAGACAUUUUGAAUCAUGAAUAUUCAGAUGAGUCCAUUACCUAAGUUGUGCAAAAUAGACUCACAUUUUCGAAUAAUCGACUCGUUAAUGCAAUCUGUGGGGGAACGCUUGACCUGACUCGACUUAUUAAUUCAACCAUAAUGUUCACAGUCAACGUGGUGACAGUCUUAGACCCUGAGCAACAGAGAACGAACUACAAAAAAUAUAAAAAUUACAUUGCUGGUUUUAUUCUGGUGAUAAUGUUGAAUUAUCGACUUGGCUUUUGCAGAUAUUUUAGGUAAAAUAUACUUUUCAUCCACCAAGAAUAUUCGGAGGGUUUCCUCAAAGCUUUCGAAACCCACCCGGUCUCUUAUUCAUUGCUGAAUAUAUCUCACGGCAGUAACAUAACUCAAAUAACUCAGGUUACUUAGUUUCGGGGAUUAUUCAACAAUAUUAACCUCGCCUUAAGUGAAUAAUUCUGAAAUAUGGUCUAUCAUAGGUAUUAUAUAAAACACACCAUAAUGCCAGUUUUGUUAUGUGUAGUUGCCUAUAACGCCUGGAAUGAUCAUGUUCUUGGCUGGUGGAAACAUAAGGAUGAUCCUAAUGUCUUGUUUCUAAUAUAUGAAGAUUUACACAAGGUAAUGUUGUUUUACAACAAUGGCUGAAUAACUCUUAGCUCGGUGGCUAGUUUGAUAUUUUAGAAGCUUGCAGGAGAUUGAAUCCUGAGUGUUUAAGGGGGUGGAGGGAAGUCAAGACAAGACACUCAAGAGACUCUUGCAAGACAAUAUUUAUUUAUAUUUAUUUUUCUCUGGGAGAACUCGGGAAGAGUUUGGGCGGGGAAUUCCAUGCACUUUGGACUAGGAUCGAUUUCCGGGUGAGGGGGGGACUCCCUAUAAUGGCCUAUACGGGGAGGCUCCACCCGAAAGGGGUACCUUUUUUACGCGUCAGAUAUAUAAAAGGGUAGGGAUUUCACUAGUAAGUUCGCAAGCAAUCAAGAGGGUUGGACCUCGGGGCGGAGCGUCCCCUAUAAAACUUUGUUGAGUAUCCCCCCUGAUCAAUUACCAGCCGCUGUUUGAGAAAUGUGAGAGCGGCGGAAAUGGAGCCUAACUUUGGUUACAAUUUUACAAGGACUUGCAAUGGAACAGGCCCGUAGCAAGCAUAAAAUGACUGGGGGGGCUGAGCGAGUGGCCCACAUUAACUCCCCCUCCCGCUUCGGUCCCUUGGUUAAAGCAUACUUCUUGGUACAUGUGAGAUCACUACAUUUAUUUUGUCUACAAUACCUUUUGUUCUUGUCUCCAAUUUUCCGUUUGUGUUGACUUUGACGAAAGAGAGAACUUGUUUGGGAUAUCAGUCGCGGAAGAUUUGCCAAACAAUUGCUUUUGGUUUUCUUUCUCCCAAACGAAGUCAUUAGCUACGUCUACAAGGGUCAGAACAUCUGUUCCUUCCUUGUGAACAUGCAACAUCAUGAGGUGGUUCAGGUGGGAUUGUCAUUGGUGCAUUUCGAUCCAUUUUGCUUCUGAAUAUUUUGAUGCUUAAUAAGCAGAUAUUUUAAAGCUGUUGGUUGUUUUUGAAAGAGCAAAAAUACGAUUUCGUUCAUUUACACAAUUCCAAAUUGCACAGAAGAACAACAGUGCAUAAUCUUACCAUGAUCGACAAUACUUUGAAACUUUAGCUUCCAUUGACAGUUGUCCAUUUUAGUAGAAAAAUUCCACUUUUGAAGCAGAAUUUAAUUCAAGUCUGAAAAUUUCUGGGGGGGCUCGAGCCCCCCCUGCCCCUCCCCCUGCUACGGGCCUGUGGAAUGAUUCGCUUUUCUAGGAAAAGGUCAAUAUUUAAUGAAGAAUCUCUUUGAGGAUUUUGAAACGCUCGAAUAGUCAAGAAAAUAUAAUGAAUCGAAGUAAAAUUCUCUACGGUCUGCGAGAAAAGUAGUGUUUGCUUCUCUCAAAUUCAUUCUUUUAGAAUCUUAGCGGGGAGAUAGUUGAUACUAAAAGUUUUUAAUCUUUAAGUUAUCUAAGUCAUCCAUAAUGAACACCCCAGCCGAAAAUAUGGAUACCGCGACCUUAAACUACGACCACGCUCAAAAUAAAUAAAUAUAUAUAAGUCUAUGGAAGUGUUUGUAGGGGUUUACAUCCCUGUCCGGGACUCAGAUCGUUUUUCUCUGUCCCCUACGUAACAUCACAAAUUUUGAAUGCAGUCACUGUUUGAUUAGAACUAAAAUUAAUUAAAUAACAAAAACUAACCAACUUCCUCUGAACCUCAAUGAAAAUUAAAUCUAAACAAUACAACUGUCAUUCCUCCUAGGAUCUACCGUUCCAUGUGCGAAUGAUUGCGAAUUUCCUGAACAAGCCGCUCUCAGAUGAACUCAUCAAUCGUAUUGCAGAGCAGUGCACUUUCAAGGGAAUGAAAGAAAAUGAGAACAGCUACAAGCCAUGGGACGACGUUCACAGUUCGCCGUUGUUACGGAAGGGCGUGGUCGGAGGUUGGAAAAGUUACUUCACUACAGAACUGAAUGAGAGAUUUGAAAAGGAAGUGUUGGGAAAAAUAAAAGGAACUGGAUUAGAGUUUGAUUUUGAGAUAUAGCGGACAACCAUUUGAAAAAGGAAACAAUAUAUUUGCUUGGAUAGAGCUCUUAUGUUCAUUUUUAUUAUAUAGACACGAGUGUUUUACUGGAAAUAUACCACUCGUAAAAUUCAUAAAAACUACAUCCGGGACCCGAGUGGUUUAUUUUCCAUAAUCUCACACGUGAGUUUAUCGAUGACUGUGACUGCAGCGCUGCGCAGUCAGCGGUAUGUUGUAAAAGCUUAGCAGCCGCACCAGAUUUUAGUAAGCGGCCGCCAUGUUAGCCCUUUCUCGUGUUGUUCAAGUUUUUGGAUAGUUAUCGCCAUCCAUCGGACAUUAUACGGCCUAAACGGUAAGAACUGUUAAAAGAACAUUUUACGGAAAAUCCCAAGAGAGUAUUUCACACGACAUUUUGAAGUUUAGUACUUACGAAUCACGUAUUUAGCCUAUCAUGUAUUUGUCAUGUCAGAUUGUUAUCUCGGGACUCAGGAUCCAAGAACUAAGGAGUAAAAAGAAUGUGUUGUACCGAGGACCUGUGAAUAAACUACGUUUGGGACGUUCGUGUUGAUUGUUAGCAACUCCUCUUGUUGUAUGUACUACGGGAGGCCAGCCACAAUAACAAUCGUUAGACGAUCUUCGUGUAGCAGUCAUGUCCGUCAACAAAGAAGCAAGACCCGAAGACCAGGUCAAUGUGGCGCUGGAAGAAGAAACUGAUGAAUCAAGGAAGCGUUUCCUGACGGAGAAAGGGUAUACGUAUCAACUCAACUUGAAAACAAGUAACUUGAAAACUAAGAAAUGUGAACUGGUGAAGCGAAUGAGAGGUACUCUACUGAAGCGAGGUCAGUCAACUAAACUAGUAGAAUUUAAGAAAGAAUUCAGCGAAGCUCAGAUUUUGUAUUGCGAAUUUCAAGACAUGGUUGAAGAGAUUAAGGUUUUUGCGAACCCAGAUGAGAAUGUGGAAAAUAUUGAAAGAAUGGUUGAUCAAGUUGGCAGAGAAUGGUCAAAUUUUGAGUGUGACAUUAGAUCAGAGAUAAAGUUUCUGGAAUUUGUCGAACACCACGUGGAUGAUUCAAUCUCUGAAGCAUCCAAAAGGUCCAGUCGAGCAUCCAAGAAAAGUAGUAGGUCAAAAAUAAGUUCCAAUGAUAAUGUUGAAGAAGAUAGGUUUCAGUUACAAAAGGAGGAAGCUGCCUUAAAGGCUAAACUGGCCUAUAUAGAGAAGGAACGGUUACUGAGAUUAGAACACAGAAAGACUGAGUUGACCAAAUUAGAACAAGAAAAAGAAAGUUGGAAGAGCUAAGAUUACAAAGUGAACUUGCUCAGAAUCAAGCAAAAGCUUAAUGUAUGCAUGUCAGCAGAUAAAGUAGAACUGUUUGAUGAUCAGGAUCUAAACUCGAUUCCCCCCGCUGAUAAAGUCAAGGACAUGGACAAAUUCCUUAAUUCAAUUCCAGUCACAAGUAAGAGAUCUCUCUCCUGGUCAGCAAGAACCUAUCUACUCUUCAACUCAGUUAAAUGGAGCCCAACCCACUUUCAGUCUUCCGCGUGUAGAAAAUGGAGUGCACAGUACGUUAAGCCCCAGUGCCACACCCUUUCAACCACACUCUGUCGUCUUAGAAAAGUGUAUGGACAAAUUAGUGGAAACAAGUGGUAUGUUGGUGGCAGCUACUAUGGAGCAGAACCUAGUGAACAGGCAACUAGCAAUCUCAGGGCAACUGCCUAAGAUUUCAAUCCCAGUUUUUAGUGGAGAUCCUUUGGAGUAUCCUACAUGGAACAGUUCCUUCAGUGCCCUUAUUGAUUCCAAACCAAUGGACGCGCAGACAAAAUUGAACUUCCUACAUCAGUACAUCUCAGGAAAGCCCAAACAAGUUGUUGAUCAGUAUAUGUUAAUUGGUACUGAAGAUGCCUAUCAGUCUGCGAGAAAGUUGUUAAAGGAAAGGUAUGGUAACUGCAAUGUAGUAGGGACAGCCUUUAUGAACAAACUGGAGAACUGGCCUAAGAUUGGCGUAAGAGAUGCGGAGGCCCUAAGAGAUCUUUCUGACUUCCUGCAAAAGAUAAUUGCCGCCAGAGAAACUACUCCUAGUCUUGCUGUCUUAGACUUUGCGAAGGAGAACGUUAAAACUCUAAACAAGUUGCCAUUUCAAAUUCAGAAUAAGUGGAGAGGAAUAGUACAACAGUGUAGAGUCUCAAAAGGAAAUGGUACUUACCCUACCUUCUCUGAAUUUGCUUCAUUUGUGAAAGAGUGUGCAGAGAGAGCGAACAUUCCCGAACUUGAGGAGCUGUCCAAAACCAAAGAGUUUGUUAGGCCUAGAGGACCAUUCAGACGCUCACCAAAAGGCGAGGAGGCCUUUUCCUUCGAAACUCAUGUAUUGGAUCCAAGCAAGAACGUGACUGCCCAGGGUCAAGGUGAAAAGGAGAGACCCCCAACCUGUUCGCAAGGGAGGAGCGAGAAGAAAAAGACCGAAGUAUGUCUGUUUUGCAAGGAAGAACAUCAGCUAGACGAGUGUAAAAAGUUUGCAGAGAAGCCGCACAAGGAAAGGAAGGACUUCUUCUAUAAGAAAUUUCUUUGUCUUGGAUGUGCCUCUAGCAGUCAACAUCAAGUAUCCUCCUGUAAGAACAGACUUAAAUGUCGCACGUGUUCUGGAAAUCACCCUACAUGUCUCCAUAUUCAGAAAACUCCCAAGGAAAGUAUUACGAACUGUACAAAUGUUUGUACCAUCCCAGAGCAAGAGGGCGGCUCGGAUCAUGCCAUGAUUGUACCUGUUUGGGUUAGACAAGUUAGCCAACCCAGUAAAGAAGUCUUACAAUAUGCAGUGCUAGAUGACCAGUCCAAUGUGAGUUUUGUGUCGCAAAGUUUGUGUGAAAAAUUGGACUUGCAAGGCCCACCAACCGACUUGCUGCUGACAACAGUGCAAGAGAGAAAUGUACAUGUACCAAGCAACCGUAUUUGUGGAGUUGAGGUGUUGGAUUUUAGAAGGGAGCAUGCUGUGAAGCUACCCAUGAUGUUCAAGCGAGAUAUCAUCCCAGCCAGUCGGUCGCAGAUUCCAAAAGCCAGUGUUGCCCGGAAAUGGGAACAUCUGUGUCCUAUUGCUGACGAGCUCAUGCCCUACAAUCCAAGUGUGGAAAUCUCCUUGCUGAUUGGCAAUAAUUGCCCUAGUAUCGUCAGACCCAGAGAAGUCCUAGUGGGAGGUGAAGACGACCCUUACGGCCAAAGAUCUUUAAUGGGGUGGGGUAUAAUCGGCAAGGUGUGCAAAUCUACAGGUGAAGCCAACCAUAAGGAAGGAGUGUGCAACAAGGUGAUGGUCAAAGAAACCCAUGAACACUUUGCCUUUACGACAAAGGUGAAAGAGAUUAUCAACCCGCAGAAGAUUAUUAAGAUUCUUGAGUCAGACUUUACAGAAAGUUCUGCAAAUACCAAGCCCUGUUCAGCUGAAGACAGGAGAUUCCUCAACAUCCUUGAGAAUGGUAUUGUGAAGAGAUCGGAUGGGCACUACGAGAUGCCUCUCCCUUUGAAGACAGACAAACCGUCUCUACCCUUCAACCGCGAACUAGCUGUCAAGAGAUGGCACCAACUUUUAGCAAGGUUUAAGAGAAACCCCAAGUUUCUGGAAGAUUAUCGCUUAUUCAUGAAAGAUGUGAUUGCUUUGUGUGCAGAAGAGGUACCACCGGACCGCCAUGGAGUUCAGGAUGGAAUGGUUAACUAUGCACCACACACCGGUGUUUACCACCCAAAAAACCAGACCAGAUCAGGGUUGUUUUUGAUUGUUCGGCCCAGUAUGAAGGGGUGUCCCUGAACGAUCACUUGUUACAAGGACCCGACCUCAUGAACACUCUUCUGGGGAUCCUGUGCAGAUUCAGACAAGAAAAUGUUGCGUUUAUGACUGACAUUAAGAGUAUGUUUCAUCAGUUUAUGGUGUCAGAGGAACACAGAGAUCUCCUGCGCUUUUUGUGGUGGAAGGAUGGGAAUCCUGCAAAUGAAGUGACUGAGUAUAGGAUGAAGGUUCAUCUUUUCGGUGCUGGUAGUUCACCUGGCUGCGCAAAUUUUGGUCUAAAGAGAGCAGCAGAUGAUGGGGAGAAAGAGUUUGGUGAAGAAGCUGCUGAGUUUAUACGACAGGACUUUUAUGUGGAUGAUGGACUAAAAUCAGUCCCUACCGUGGAGCGAGCUGUUACACUGAUAAAAGCAAGUCAAGGCAUUUGCGCCAAGGCCGGCCUGAGACUGCACAAAAUUUCAUCAAACAAAAGAGAAGUUCUUGAACAGAUUCCGGCCGAAGAUCGCGCCAAAGGAUUAAAGGAGCUAGACUUGAAGGUUGAUCCACUGCCCUUAGAACGUGCCUUAGGAGUAGUGUGGUGCAUUGAGAAUGACAGUUUUCAAUUCCGCAUCGAGCUGCGUGACCGUCCCCAACGCGACGUGGCGUACUUUCCACAAUCAGUUCAAUCUACGAUCCUAGUGGUUUCGUUGCCCCAGUUACCUUGAAAGGAAAACAAGUUUUGCAGCAAAUGUGCCGAGACAAACUUGAUUGGGACAGCCCAAUUCCAGAGAGUUUGUAUACUCAUUGGGAGAAAUGGCGUCAGGAUGUUCUGAAUCUCGAUCAGCUGCAAAUUCAACGUUGUUUUAAGCCGGAGAACUUUGGGCAGGUCAAAGCCAGCGAGUUGCAUCAUUUCUCAGAUGCUAGUGUAGAGGGUUAUGGACAGUGCUCGUACCUUCGACUAAUCAAUGUGGAGGACAAGGCGUACUGUUCCCUUGUCGUUGGGAAAUCUAGAGUGGCCCCGUUAAAGCAAAUCACUGUGCCGAGGCUAGAAUUGGCUGCAGCUACUGUUUCAGCAAACGUGAGUGAAUUUCUUCGUCGAGAAUUGUCUUACACGGACAUUAAGGAACAUUUCUGGACAGACAGCAAAAUCGUCCUUGGUUAUGUUAACAACGAAGCUAAGAGGUUUCAUGUGUAUGUGGCAAAUCGUGUGCAGCAGAUUCGUGACGUCACUAACCCGAGUUCUUGGUUGUAUGUCAGCACUGAACUUAAUCCUGCUGACCAUGCCUCGCGAGGCCUUACAGCGUCACAGUUAUUACAAGGAACCAACUGGCUAACUGGACCCUUAUUUCUUUGGAAGAGUGGAACUUUCCAGCCUGAGAAGAUAGAAGAAUUUCAAGUGACCGAAAGUGAUCCUGAAGUAAGGAAAGCAGCCGUUUUCACAUCUCGUGUAGAGAGCAGAGCUACUCAAGCCCCUGAACCGUUAACGUCAAGCCGUUUGCGCCACAUGUCAAGCUGGCAGCAUGUGCUGAAGGCAAUAGCUUUGUGUCUACGACUGAAGAGCAAACUGGCAAGUAGAGAAGUGAAGUUGACGAGACAAACGGGUGGUGAGAGCAUCAGACCAUUACCGAAGGUAUCAGUCACACUUACAGAACUUCACGCAGCAGAGAGGAAGUUCUUAAGGUUGUUCAACGUGAACAUUUCCAUGACGAGAUGCAAGUUUUAAAGGAACUUAAGGAAGUUGGAGAGCUUACUACUAGAAAGAUCGCAAGAGAAAGAAAUCUAGCCGUCAAGAAGUCUAGUUGCUUAUAUCGUUUGGAUCCAUUUCUCGAUGAAAACGGUGUUAUCCGCGUUGGUGGCCGCGUGAGACGAGCUAACCUUCCAUUUGCAACGAAGCAUCCUGUGAUACUUCCUCGUAAAAGUCAUAUUACAGAUUUGCUGAUUCGAUUCUGGCAUGCCAAAGUGAACCACAUGGGACGAGGUAUCACCCAAAAUGAGUUGCGCCAGAGAGGCUACUGGGUUGUUGGUGGAUCGUCAGCAGUGUCAAAUUGUAUUUCCAAGUGUGUUACAUGCAGAAAAAUGCGCGGCCCCUGCAAAUUCAGAAGAUGGCUGAUUUGCCUGUGGAUCGAGUUGAACCUUCGGCCCCCUUCUCGUAUUGUGCUGUAGAUUUCUUUGGACCUUUCCCGAUCAAGGAAAAGAGGAGUGAAGUUAAACGUUACGGAGUUAUUUUUACCUGUAUGGCCAGCAGAGGUGUUCACUUGGAGACAGCCAACUCGUUAAGUACCAGUUCCUUCAUCAACGCACUUAGUCGCUUCCUCAACCGACGACGGUCCAGUCAGACAGCUCCGCUGUGAUCAGGGUACAAACUUUGUAGGAGCGAAGAAUGAGCUAAAAGCUGCCUUAGAAGAACUGGAUCAGAACCGGGUGCAAGAGUACUUAGUGGAGAACGGAUGUGAUUGGAUACCAUUUCAGAUGAAUGUACCUCAUGCCAGCCACAUGGGUGGCACAUGGGAAAGGUUAAUCCGAACUGUUCGUAGUGCACUGGAGACGUUACUUCUGAGCGCUGGCACACAGUUGGACGACGAAGCGUUCAGAACCUUCAUGACUGAAGCAGAGUGUAUUGUUAAUUCCAGACCCUUGUCUACGAACGACUUAAAUGACCCAGAGGCACCAGAACCACUUACGCCCAGUCAUUUACUUACCUUGAAAGCUAAAGUUGUACUUCCACCGCCUGGAAGGUUCCAGCGAGCAGAUCUAUAUUCCCGCAAGUGGUGGCGCCGAGUACAAUAUCUCGCGAACGAAUUUUGGCUUAGAUGGCGCCGUGAGUAUCUUCAUAGCCUGCAGGCUCGUAACAAGUGGAUGUAUCCAAAGCGAAAUCUAUCAGUUGGAGUUGUAAUCGUAUCCAAGGAAGACGAAGGACCACGUAACCAAUGGCCACUCGCUAGAGUCGUAGAAGUCUACCCUAGCGAAGACGGAUGUAUCAGAAAAGUCAAAAUUGUGAAAGCUGAUGGAGAACUUGACAACCAAGGCAGACGUCGAAAGCCAUCUACGUUCCUGGAUAGACCAAUCCACAAAUUAGUCUUACUGGUACCCUCUGCAGAUGAAGCGGAUGUUGGUGAUAGCAGCAGGGAGACCGAGGAAUUCCCCAACGAGGAGCCAACUACUCAGUGAAGUCGCCCCGACAGGUGUAGAAGACACAAGUGACCGCCUUUAUGAACAUUUGUUUUGUUUAACUGUCUAGUAUGGACAUUAACUUAAGUAAUUGUUAGGCAACAAUUAGGGGAGCCAUGUGACUGCAGCGCUGCGCAGUCAGCGGUAUGUUGUAAAAGCUUAGCAGCCGCACCAGAUUUUAGUAAGCGGCCGCCAUGUUAGCCCUUUCUCGUGUUGUUCAAGUUUUUGGAUAGUUAUCGCCAUCCAUCGGACAUUAUACGGCCUAAACGGUAAGAACUGUUAAAAGAACAUUUUACGGAAAAUCCCAAGAGAGUAUUUCACACGACAUUUUGAAGUUUAGUACUUACGAAUCACGUAUUUAGCCUAUCAUGUAUUUGUCAUGUCAGAUUGUUAUCUCGGGACUCAGGAUCCAAGAACUAAGGAGUAAAAAGAAUGUGUUGUACCGAGGACCUGUGAAUAAACUACGUUUGGGACGUUCGUGUUGAUUGUUAGCAACUCCUCUUGUUGUAUGUACUACGGGAGGCCAGCCACAAUGACGUAAUUUUGGUAAUUUCCCUCUAUUAUUUUAUCGAUGUCAUUUUGUCUGUAUAAUAAAAGGAACAUUAUAUUACACGGCGGCUUGAAAAUAUAUAUUUUAUUUUCUCGUGGCAAAAACAAUAUUUUACUCACUCGCUGCGCUCGUUCGUAAAGUAUUGUUUUGCCACUCGAAAAUAAAAUUCAUAUCUUCGCGCCACCGUGUAAUAUCCUCUAUAUAGACUCGAAUUUUUGAAAUCAUUCGUUUAAAAUUGAGCAGUUUCCAUGUACAUGCGACAAGUCAUGGAUUGAUGACAAUCUCAUUAAUAGAUUGCGCUGUUUUGAGUUCGUGGUUUACCUGCAGUUUUGAGACGAUAGAGAUAAUAUCAGUUUCAUAAUUCAUUAAUCAUUUAUAAUUUUAAUUUUCUGUCUCUGAUUGGCUAUAAUUUCUUGGCUAGUUCCUUAUAACCAGCUGGCGCCGACAAAGUUUAAAAGACGUUUGCUUUUAUACCCUCGCUGACGUCAGUGAGGGGAUAAUGCAUAAUUAUGGAUGACUGAUGUCACUCAACAGCGCAAACUUUUGAAUUGUAACGGUUCACUUUUAUUCCUAAGUAUUUCUUUUUAUACAAUGACUUCGAUAUGACAGUGAAUCAUUGCCUUUUUCUGGUACAUAUAGAUAUUUCAUUUAUUUUAGUGGCUUUGCAUUUGAGGAUGAAACCGGCACAGCCGACAAUUAUUUUACGCUUUGAUUUAUGCGUUAUAUCCAAGCUAGAACUCAACAAGAACGCUCUUAAAAGCGGCGGCAACUCUCGCUUGCUUGGAUAUUGGAUAAGAAAUGAGGAGGCGAUUAAUUUUAAACGAAACAGGAUUAACUCACUAAAGCAUGCACUUCCUACUUUAUCGAUGGUUGAGUAUUCCUCGAAGUCAGGAUAUGUACUUUUUCUGACUUUUUAUAUCGUAUUCGACGACUUGUUUCUGAAUUGAUUUUGUACGCGUGUUAGCGUGUUAGUUGCCCAGAAACCUAAACUGAUCUGUAGUGUUUAUGGUUGUGUAGAGAUUAUAAAACACUGGGUUAGUUAUGUUUGAAUAAACAUUUUGAAAACGUGUUUAUUGUGUUUCUUUUAUUUAACAGUUGAUCUUUUAAAUUGAUUGAUUAAUUAAUUUUAUUAAAUUUUGUUGCUUAUUUUAUUAAUUGGCAAUUUAGUGGACCUUUUAGUCUGGCACCCCAUUCUGCUUGUGAACAGUGGGAUUACCUUUUAUGAUUUGAAAGAAGGGGAAGAAACCAGAAGAAAAAAGCCAUUGCACAUGUAAAACAUCUGCUACUCUCUGAUUUUUUUAUAUGGGUAAAAAUGACACUUUUUUACAUAUCUCAAACACAUUAACAGGUCUACUGGUAUUGAAUUUCAGUGGCCGACGGAGGAUUUUGUGAUAGAGGGGGCCUAGAGAUGUAUAAAGUGGCAAUAUGGGUGCGAUAUGGCCCAUCAGGACUGCGAACGGCGCACUUUUCUAGGGAGUUCCGGAAGCAUGCUCCUCCGGGAAAAUGUUUGAAAUUGAAGUUCUCUGAGAUGGAUUAAUCUAGUGCAUUCUGGACGCUUACUGUUUAGCAAAUGCCUGGAUUCCAUAUUGAACAUGUAAUGCUGAAAUAUUAAAUAAACCACAGGCGUGGUUGUGGUCAAAGAAGUAAUUUUAAUUAUUUGUUAAAACACUUGAUGCUAGCAAGGGCCGAAGCGAUUGCUGCGAGAGCACAACCCGUCCCGACAAAGACAACGUUCGGCAAAUUUUCUUAUUAACAAUGUUUAUUAACCCAUUCGCUCCUGGAGAUUUUGCCGAAAAACACGUUUUGAAGCUAGUCGAGUGGUUUUCUGGUCACUGUCGUGCUUUAAAGAGCUAAAACUUACCACAAACCGGUUUACAGGUCGUACACUUCGCGACCUUCUGUUCCAGAUGCAAAAUAUCAGCUUGCGAAGUUCGGGCAUGCGCAGAAAGCAAAAUUUGGGUUGGGUUUAAAAGUGACACAGCAGUCUUGACUUUUACUUUUCGCUUUCUCUCCUCCCCUCUUUUUUCGCUUUUCUUGCCUCAUUUUUUUUUUCUCUUGCUCGGCAUUUAGUAGGCUUCGUUUUGGUGGGAAGAGUUUUUAGGAAAGCUUUUAGGAUCUUAGGAUUAGGUGAAAGGAAAGGAAGGUGAGCAAUGGAACAAGAUUUUCAGGGAGAUUUUCAGGUCAAUGUCACAUGAUUUUUUGCUUCUUUCUCCGGUGUCCUUGACUGAAGUGUGCUCAUUCGGGUAUGGUUUGAAAGAUCUCUUCACCCUGCACAAGUUAGUGGACAAAGUUUUCUUUGACCGUUAAAACUGAUGACGUCACAAAGGGUAGAAAGGACGUGGAUCCGCACGGGCGGUUACGGGCGGUUCAGGGGCGAAUGGGUUAAAGAAGAUAUUAAUUAAGUAACACAGCUCGAAGUACCAUCGGACACACUUUUACAAAAGAAACAAAAUUCCCGAAUAAAAGGGGGGCCGGGCUCCCCGGGGUCAAUCCCUAAAUCCGCCCUUGAAUUUAAGAUGUUUUACCGCUUUAGGUAACUUAAUUCUGCUUCAUGGGUUUAAUAUCCGCCAAAAGUACCUCUCAUCAUUUGAAGGCAAUUGGCUUUAGUUACACCUGCAACAUUUUGUUAGUGUUUUGCAUGGUGAUAAUGCAGCCUUCAUUGCUUUCUUUGAGUUCUUCACCCUGUUCCUGCCAAAAGACUACCUCCGAGAGAUUCUUGGUAAUAAUUAUUAUAAUUAUUAUUACACAACUUGUCUCUGUGUCUGGCAAAUGGAUUGUAUAAAAGAAAGUUUAGUGCUCUGCCACAAUGCUAUAGACUACAAAUUCAAUUAUUGUUUUUAACAUGAACUGAUUAAAAUGGUCCUGAAAAUGUCUUCAUUGGGGAUUUAUUUGAGCGAUCUUGGGUGGAUGAUUAUUAAUGUAUAAAUAAAACUCUACAGAUUAAGAAGAUCAAGUUUUUCUUUUAUAGUUUUAAAAUAGCUGAAAAAUACAAGUCCAAAGCGACGGAGCACAAAGAGCUUGCUUGGAUUUUUUCUCACGUGUUUACUUGUGCACGAUUUUUUUCCUCUUCAAUCUUUUCUGCAGGAAUCCUAACCCUAACCCUAACCCUUGGACAUUGCCUAACCACCCCCCCGCCUCCCCCACACUCGCCACAAAAAGUAAAUGGUCCGUCCUUAAUUAUUCGUUGUAAAGAACGUCACGCUAUCGCCCUCCUGUAAAAAAAGCUACCCACGCAAGAAUUUAUUAUGGCAGGUUUCCGUCCAUUCAAAUAACAGAAGGUGAAUGGACGUCAGCAAAAUACUGGGACGUUUUGGGCGUGAAAGUUGCUACAUUUUUUACCGACAAUACAGCAUUGCUAGCCGACUAUAUUUCCAAUUUCGAGACGCGACCAGAUGAUGUAUUCGUGGUUUCAUAUCCCAAGUCAGGUUCGUGCUUUUUAUGAUAAGUUUAAUCAUAGCAACCCUUCCUGUCAGUUAAAGCGUUUCCGCACGAGUGUGUGUAGCAAAAGUCGGAGCGUCAAGUAGGCGGUUGGAAUAAUGGUUGAUUUCCAUUGACGCGUAAUUUUUACGUGCGUAAAUUUACGUUCGCAAUUAAAAUAGAGGCAAUGCAUGCAAGGUCGCUCGUAAGAGUUAAAGUUAAACCUCGCUGACCACUUUUUAUCUUGCCCCUAUUUUAUUGACCUGAUUAAAAUUUACGUGCGUUAACGUGCGUAGCCAAGAACGCGUCAGUGGAGAUCAACCGCCUCGGCCGAUCCAAAUACAAUCCGGCCAAACUAAAGGAAACUUUUAAAAUUACAGCUGAUUUCAUUGCUAUGUAUACACCCGGAUUUUCAGGCUUGAUUCCACGGCCAUGAUUCGACCUGUCAUGAUUCGACACUAAUAACGUUACGUAUGGCUUCGCAGUACGUAAACGGUUGCAAAAAUAACGGCAGGCGAGAGUUCUGCCGUGGGAACCGAAACGGCGAGAGAAACACUGGCUGGCAAGGAAAGCUUAUCACCAAAAGACAUAACUGUAACGAAGCUAGAAUCCCGACAAAUGCGUUUUGCCUGAAGAGGAAAGCCUUGUUGCGUGGAAAGCGGCGACAUGAUGAACGGCUACUCGUGAUAAACCUGGAGUUCGAUUGCCGAGUCCGAAUGUAUUUCUGUAGGCGAUUUCAUAAUGGACGAAAUAUUAUCAAUACGGCGAAAAGCGAAAUGGUCCGAUGUUUUACGGUUUAGUCUUCUGCCGUAUGACAAGGUUGCGGUAUUUACGCACGCAAUUUGCAUGUAACAGUGAUGCAAAUUUAGUUGACGGGGAGGCAAGUUUGUAUUUCCUGAAGUUGGUACUUUUUCGUCCUUACUUAGCUUCUGCAUGGGUAAAAAAAAGGAAGACUUGACGUUUUGCAGAAGAAAUCAACAGAUAAAUUGAUCAGUCUGCCGUUGUGAAAGAAUUUGCUGGUCCAGCAGAGUUUGUUUUGUCGACCAUUGAAAAAUAUCACAAGACGGUCCGCGACCUAUGGCCCUAGUGAGCUCAAAUUUUGCAAACCAGAUAAAGAAAACUUUACAUAAAAGAAAGAAAUAUUUGUCUUUAUUGAAAAAGGGUAAAAUACAAUUUUUCUUUAAAGAUCAAGGUAGAGAAAAGAGCCGAAAAACUUAUUGAUCGAGACGUCAACACGCGCCAUAAUAUGUACUGUAUUGCGAUUAGAUUGCGUGACUUGUGUUAAAGACUGUUGUCUAAAAGGAGAACAAAUUAUGGAUCACAGUCCUCUUUUUCUGAAUAAGAAGAGAAACAUUCAAGUUAUCAUCAAAGUAAAUUUCAGACUGUCUGCUUUGAUUCCGGUAGGAUAUUCAAGGUAAAAUACUCUACUGCUUGGUAACCUCUUAGUCGAAUCAUGACCGUCGAAUCAUGUCUGAAAAUGCGGAUGUAUACACAGCACUGAAAUCAGCUGUAAUCUUUAAAU